CGUAGCUCGGGCUGUGAAGCCGGAAGUGGAGCAGCCUGUCAGUGGCGGCAUUGCACCCGGAAACGGGCUGACACCGGAGCCAUGAAACGGGACGUGAGGAUCCUCCUCCUGGGGGAGGGUGAGUGGGCACUCAGCAUGGCCGGGGGCGGGGAGUGAGAGUCACCAGAGGGGGCCAGUGUGAGGGAGGACACUCAAUGUCACCUCUGCGGAGUGUGAGUGCUCACUAACUGAGUGCACACUAACUACAGAACCCAAACUGUGAGAGUGAGUGCACACUGACUGCAGAACCCAAACUGUGAGAGUGAGUGCACACUGACUGCAGAACCCAAACUGUGAGAGUGAGUGCACACUGACUACAGAACCCAAACUGUGAGAGUGAGUGCACACUGACUACAGAACCCAAACUGUGAGAGUGAGUGCACACUGACUACAGAACCCAAACUGUGAGAGUGAGUGCACACUGACUGCAGAACCCAAACUGUGAGAGUGAGUGCACACUAACUACAGAACCCAAACUGUGAGAGUGAGUGCACACUGACUGCAGAACCCAAACUGUGAGAGUGAGUGCACACUGACUGCAGAACCCAAACUGUGAGAGUGAGUGCACACUGACUACAGAACCCAAACUGUGAGUGAGUGCACACUAACUACAGAACCCAAACUGUGAGAGUGAGUGCACACUGACUACAGAACCCAAACUGUGAGAGUGAGUGCACACUAACUGCAGAACCCAAACUGUGAGAGUGAGUGCACACCGACUGCAGAACCCAAACUGUGAGAGUGAGUGCACACUGACUGCAGAACCCAAACUGUGAGAGUGAGUGCACACCGACUGCAGAACCCAAACUGUGAGAGUGAGUGCACACCGACUGCAGAACCCAAACUGUGAGUGAGUGCACACUGACUGCAGAACCCAAACUGUGAGUGAGUGCACACUAACUACAGAACCCAAACUGUGAGAGUGAGUGCACACUAACUACAGAACCCAAAUUGUGAGAGUGAGUGCACACUAACUGCAGAACACAAACUGUGAGAGUGAGUGCACACUAACUACAGAACACAAACUGUGAGAGUGAGUGCACACUAACUACAGAACACAAACUGUGAGAGUGAGUGCACACUAACUACAGAACCCAAACUGUGAGAGUGAGUGCACACUGACUGCAGAAACCCAAACUGUGAGAGUGAGUGCACACUGACUAUAGAACACAAACUGUGAGUGAAGAUGUGACUAUUGCAGAGUUAGCGAAUAUUUACAAAUCAGCUUUUUUUCACAUCAGUCUUGUCAUUUUAUGUUUAAAUCCACUAAAUGAAGAGUUUAUUAAAUAAUCUGAUGCGCAUAGGCUAUUGCAUUCUGUGAGACUGCCCUUGAUAUGGAGUGGCAGGACUGCUGGCGGUUGGUGAGAGAGUGAGCAUACUCUUCUAUAUUUCACACUGUUUAAUUUUUAGGUGUUUUUCAGUUCGAAUCGUUAUCACAGACUAACCAAGCCUUACUCUGAUUGUGAAUAUGUAAUUCUGGCAGUAUUAACCGUUCUGAUAGGAUGUGCAAGGUGUGUGAAUAAACAUUUGUUGUACGAUGUAUUUCCUGGGACGGACAAUCUCUAAUUCCUUGAGUUAUUCUUCGAGAUAUAUCUUCACACAAUAUCCCGUGAGUGGUAGUAAAGUGGAAUGCGUUGUCUAUUUAUAAGUUGUCAACCAAAACAGCUAAGAAAAUCUGUUUCAAAUGUUAUACACGGACCGGUAGGAAAUGGUCAAGGAAAAUAUAUUUGGAUCUACAGGGGAACGUUAAAACCUGCUACCAUAAAUCUACUUUACUACCACAACCACUGCGGAUCCAGGCGGGCGACAUGAUCCUUCCUGGUAGUUAUAGUGUUGGCGCGCAAGAUAUGUUUUUGUCUGGCUCCUAAAUGUUACUGUUCACUUCAAAUGACUCUGAUUUAUAUAUUACAAGGGCUUUUAAUGGAUAAUAUUCAGGAAUUCAUUGGGAAGAACUUUAUUAGCAGUAAUCAGCAUGGUUUUAUGAAACCUAGGUCAUGUCAAACUAACUUCAUUACAUUUUACGAAGAAAUAUGAAGUAUAGAUCAGGGUGUUGCAGUGGAUGUGGUCUACUUGGCUUUUGCCAAGGCAUUUGAUACGGUUCCUCACAAUAGGUUAGUCUUCAAACUAAAAGAAAUUGGUCUAGAUGAAUAUUCUUGUUCUUGGGUAGAACAUUGGCUUAAGGAUAGAGUACAACAAGUUUGUAAAGUAAUCAAAUGUGAGCAGGAUAUUGCUUUGCUGCAGAGGGAUUUGGAUAGACUGGGGGACUGGGCACUAAAAUGGCAGAUGAAAUUUAAAGGAACACUAUAGUCACCUAAAUUACUUUAGCUAAAUAAAGCAGUUUUAGUGUAUAGAUCAUUCCCCUGCAAUUUCACUGCUCAAUUCACUCUCAUUUAGGAGUUAAAGGGACACUAUAGUCAACAUAUAAAAGCAAGGAAGACAGGUCCCCCAGCCGCCUUUAUUGCUUUUAUAUGAACUUGCCAUUAAAAAAAAAAAAAAAUCUGAAUAAGUUUUAAUAAUAAAACUUACCUCCGUUCCAGCGCCGAGUUCCCCGCUAGGCCACGCCCCCUUUUUCGUCAAAAUCGCAGGGCCCAAUAGGACGCUUCUAUCCAUUCCCAUCAUCCAUCCAUAUCCAUCCCCAUCAUCCAUAUCCAUCCAUUCCCAUCAUCCAUCCUCACCCACUCACACUCAGUUACCCACCCACACUCACAGUUUGAAUCCUCCCCUCCUCCUCUUUGGUCUUCAGCCUGUCAGCUCAAGCCACUCCCACGCAGUGCUGACAGCCUCAGCACACAGAGCUCGUGCACAGUGCUUUGUGUGCUGAUAGCAUGUCUGAAGUAUUCACCCAUGCGUGAAUACAUCAGACGUGAAUGAAGCCUUUUUAGGGCUUCUGAACUCGGAGGUCACUCUGGUGGCCGUCUGACUGCAACUGGAGGUGUUCCAAGCUUCCAAUGUAAACACUGUAUUUUCUCAGAAAAUACAGUGCUUACAAGAAAAGGGCUGCAGGGAGCUGUAGCACUCACCUGAACAACCUCAUUAAGCUGAAGUUGUUCAUGUGACUAAAGUGUCCCUUUAAAUCACUUUGUUUCUGUUUAUGCAGCCCUAGCCACACCUCCCCUGGCUAUGAUUGACAGAGCCUGCAUGGAAAAAAAAACUAGAUUCACUUUCAAACAGAUGUAAUUUACCUUAAAUAAUUGUAUCUCAAUCUCUAAAUUGAACUUUAAUCACAUACAGGAGGCUCUUGCAGGGCCUAGCAAGCUAUUAACAUAGCAGGGGAUAAGAAAAUCUUAAUUAAACAGAACUUGCAAUAAAGAAAGCCUAAAUAGGCCUCUCUUUACAGGAAGUGUUUAUGGAAGGCUGUGCAAGUCACAUGCAGGGAGGUGUGACUAGGGUUCAUAAACAAAGGGAUUUAACUCCUAAAUGGCAGAGAAUUGAGCAGUGAGGCUGCAGGGGCAUGAUCUAUACACCAAAACUGCUUCAUUAAGCUAAAGUUAUUCAGGUGACUAUAGUGUCCCUUUAAUGUAGAGAAAUGCAAAGUUAUGCACUUCGGGGUUAAGAAUGCACAAGCAAUUUACACCCUAAAUGGUAGUGAACUAGGGAUAACCACACACGAGAAGGAUUUGGGAAUUGUUAUAGACAACAAAUUAGGCAGCUAUAUGCAAUGUCAAUCUGCAGUUGCUAAGACCAGUAAGGUUUUGUCAUGUAUAAAUAGGGGCAUAAAUUCUCGGGAUGAAAAUAUAAUUUUGCCUCUUUAUAAAUCGCUGGUAAGACCACACCUUGAAUAUGCUGUGCAAUUUUGGGCUCCUGUUCUAAAGAAAGAUAUUCUGUCACUGGGAAAAGUCCAGAGACGAGCUACAAAAUUGAUAAAAGGAAUGGAGCAUUUUAAUUAUGAAGAAAGGUUAAAAAAAAUUAAAUCUGUUUAGUUUGAAAAACCGGCGCCUUAGAGGGGAUAUGAUAACUUUAUACAAAUAUAUUUGGGGCCAGUACAAACAUUUAUCUGGAAACCAAUUCAUAAACAGGGCUAUACAUGGGACACAAGGUCACACAUUUAGGCUGGAAGAAAGGAGAUUUCAUCUAAGGCAAAGAAAAGGUUUUUUUACAGUAAGAGCAAUAAGGAUAUGGAAAUCUCUGCCUGAAGAGGUGGUUUUGUCAGAGUCAUUACAGAUGUUUAAACUGCAAUUGGAUAAAUACUUGCAAAAACAUAACAUACAGGGAUAUUUCUAAUUAGUGGGGUAAUAGCUGCUUGAUCCAAGGAGACAUCUGACUGCUAUUUUGGGGUCAAGAAGGAAUUUUUUUCCUAGUUUGUGGCAAAAUUGGAAGCGCUUCAGACUAGGUUUUCUGCCCUCUUUUGGAUUAACAGCAAAAACAUAUGUGAGGAAGGCUGAACUUGAUGGACGCAAGUCUCUUUUCAGCUAUGUAACAAACUAUAUUUUCUAAAUGAAAUCAGCUUGUAUGUUUAAUUAGGAUAGAACUCUUGGUUUUGGUAGGACAUAUACAGUCCAUCAUAUUUCUUGUAAGAAAGCAUAAGUCAUUAUGGUUCUAUUUUUGGAUUUUUGAAGCAGUGAUUCUGCUGCUAAAUUGUAUUUAUUUAUUUUUUCAGUGUUCGUGCUUAAUGUGUGCUUUUUGCACACCCAUAUAGCUAUCAAAAUCAUAGCUAUUGGUUGUACCAUUCAUGUUGCCUUACUAUUUUAACACAUUUCUUGCCACGUGGGCACUCCCUGCACAGCAACGUCAUACACCUGAGGAAAUGCAGAAGAGUGCAUCAUACAUUUCUGUGUAGUUGCCCAAGCGGGUAUGAGCAUGCCCCUGGCUUGAUGAGACCGUAUAGUGGCCCACACUGUUGCAAAAGUAAAUGUUUUAAUUUCCUCCACUGCUUUAUUCAACCCAGUAAACGCUGCUAUAGCAUUUACUGUUGUUGUGGUACUUCUCUGGAAGUGACCGUUCUGCUUUCAGAUUCUAAUAAAUUGUCUCAUUGUGACUCAUUCCAGUUCUUCAGUCUGUCCAUUCGUUUGUGUUGGCAGGCUGUGUUUUCAGACUUUCAUUCAUUAGAGACAUAGCUGAUCUUAGGGGAAUUUGGGAAAUCUGGUGCCCAGUUUAAUCUUGCCACAGGAGUGUUAGGAAAGGAAGGCUAAUUUGCAUAGAAUGCCCUGUCUGUGCCUUUUCAGAAGACAGUUGAGGUAACCGUCUAGGUUCAAUAAUAUAGAUAUAUUUUAAAACUAACAGCUAUAUAUAUAAAAAAAUAAAAUAAAAUGGGACAAAGUAGUUUUGUUUAUGAGCUGGAUAUGAUUUAUGUUGUUAUAAUGUGACAGUUAUGCCUAAAAGUGGUGAAGGUUUUAUUUGACUAUAACAUUUCCAAUUGGAAUUCUAUAUGAAUCUUAGAUUGCUAUUCAGCUGCGACAGGAUCUGCUUGUUUUGUUCCUCACCGCUAACAAGCAGUGUUUAUUUAGGAAGACAUGGAUAUAUCCCUUUAAAUGUACAGUCUAUUAAUUGAAAAAUACAUGUUUUCUGCCAUUUGUUUUAAAUCAGUCCUUUACCCUGGACAAGGUCCUAAAACUGUGUCCCAAUAGUGUUCUGGGUAGGUACCUAGGGUGGGACCACACUGAGGGUAGAAAAACCUGUAUAUGGAAUCAUGUAACCCAACGCUCUAAUCCACUCACUGUGUGUUUUAUUUUGGUCUUUGCAGCCCAGGUGGGGAAAACGUCCCUAAUUAUGGCUCUUGUGGGUGAGGAGUUUCCUGAUGAGGUGAGUAUCUAUCUUGAUCUAUCAAUGUCCAACCAUCAUUUUAUUGGAAAAUAAUACAGAUAACAGUGCUGCCAAAUAACCUCAAUCAAAACAAAUAAAGAUGGGUGAUUGCAUGUGACAUGGAACCAUAUGUUAAGGGACACUCCCCUGCCCCAAUACUAAAUAAAUGAAAAUCACUGUUUAGUAGAUAUACCCCACAUGAAAACUUGCAUGCAUUUAAUUAUGCAUUUUUUCAUUAAAGGGACACUAUAGGCACCCAGACCACUUCAGCUCAUUGAAGUAGUCUGGGUGCUGUGACUCUUUUGCACUUAGUGCUGCAAUGCAAAACAUUGCAGUUCUAAGUCUGCCCUCAGUGACUGUCUACCAGACAGCCACUGGGGGGCGCUUGUGGAAUCCAAACUGACUUUUGUUCAGUUAUCUGAUGCUGGACGUCCUUACAGACCUCCAGCAUCAGAUUUUCCCCAUAGGAAAGCAUUGAAUAAUGCUUUCCUAUGGGGAGGUCUAAUGCGCGCGCAACCGCAGGAGCGUGACUCACCCAGUGCCAAGGGACAUUGGCGCUGGAUUCAAUAAAGUGGCUGAAGGGGGUUUUAACCCCUUCAGCCCCACGGGAGGGAUGUACCUAUUAAACCUAUAGUGCCAGGAAAACUGGUUUGUUUUCCUGGCACUAUAGGAUCCCUUUAACCCCUUAAGGACACAUGACAUGUGUGACAUGUCAUGAUUCCCUUUUAUUCCAGAAGUUUGGUCCUUAAGGGGUUAAAGUUAUAUCUAGAAAGAGCUUUCAAAAUCUACAGAUCUCUUGUCUGCUGCCCUUUGCAAGCCCUCCCCUUCUAACCCUGCCCAGACUUUAUGUGGCUGUCCAAACACAGACUUCCCAAUGCAGCUCAAUGAGAAGUCUUUGUAAGGCAGGUGUCUGGGCAAUUGCUGCCUCUUGAGUUUAGCUCAACUUAGCUAACCAAACCAGGAAGUAACAGGACCGGUUUUCUGCUUGAAAUGCCAUUGGAGCAGUAACCAGUUUUAUUUAGAAAAGUGUCAAUUCCUUUUGAAAUCUGCACUUUUUUCAAACUGAAAAAAAUAGGACUCACUCUUCACACAUAAAGUACUUUAGCAAACUAACUUAAAGGACCACUAUAGUGCCAGGAAAACAUACUCGUUUUCCUGGCACUAUAGUGCCCUGAAGGUGCCCCCAGCCUCAGGGACCCCCUCCCGCCCGGCUCUGGAAGGAGGAAAGGGGUAAAAACUUACCUUUUUCCAGCGCUGGGCGGGGAGCUCUCCGCCUCCGAUCCUCCUCCUCCCCGUCGGCGGAAUGCGCACGCACGGCAAGAGCUGCGCGCGCAUUCAGCUGGUCGCAUAGGAAAGCAUUAUCAAUGCUUUCCUAUGGACGCUGGAGUGCUCUCACUGUGAUUUUCACAGUGAGAAUCACGCAAGCGCCUCUAGCGGCUGUCAAUGAGACGGCCACUAGAGGAUUUGGGGGAAGGCUUAACCCAUUCAUAAAAGAAUGGGUUAACCCUAGAAGGACCAUUAAGCUGAAGUGGUCUGGGUGCCUAGAGUGGUCCUUUAAGUGUUUUAAGGGUCUGGAGUGUCCCUUUAAGGUCCGCUGUUAGCUUGCAUAGCUAAGCAGUAAUAAUGCCAAUUUUCUGUCUGUGUACACAUUAUGUGUGUUCCAAACAUGCAUUAGAAAGUUUCAUUAAGUUGAGAGCAGAUUAUUCUUCAGAAUAAUUCCAAGCUGUUAUGUUGGCUUUAAUUAGAAUGAAUAUAAUACAAAUGUGUGGUUUGGGUUUUGGAGCAAGAGAACUAUAUUUAGAGGCCUUCCUUUAGAAGAGACAAGCACAACCAAUCAGAUCCAUGCAAUAUUCUCUUAGACAUCAAAAUUUAAACUGCAAAUAUCAGCAGACACUACCAGUUCUAGGAUUCAAUGUCUAAACAAGUGUCGAUUUCAAUACAAUUUAGCAUUUUUAUGAAUUUGUCUGGAGUAUUUUGUCAGAAAUCUUUUUUUUCUUUUUAAUGUUUUUGACUUAAAGCCCCAGAUAGCUUAGUCUAAACUACCGUUAUUGAAAUGGAUCCAGUAUUGGAAUAUAUUGCUGUAUUUUACUUUAGAAAAUAAAACCAUUCAUAUCUGUCAAACUACACUGUUCUUUAUUUGAUAUGUAUAGUUUAAUUUCAAUAAUUAUGGCUCAUGCUCUGUACAUAUGUGUGUUAAAGGUCCCGGCAAGAGCAGAAGAGAUCACCAUACCAGCAGACGUUACCCCGGAACGCGUGCCCACCCACAUUGUAGAUUUCUCAGGUAUGUUCCACACAAUGUAAUGUACGACAUUCUCUGUCCCAUAAACCACGAUUGUUUAUAUAUACCCUGUCUAUGGAGAGGAGGUACAGCGUACACGUGUUAUACUGAUACAAAGUACAAUUUCAUAGAGUUAUUCACUAAUGCAUGAACUGUCCGCAGAUGAAAGGGAAUUCUAAAUUUGAAUCCACUUUUUUUUUCUUCUUUUUUUUAUAUAAACAGCCUUGAAAUUCACUUUAUUUACAUAAUUAGUGAAUAAUCUUGACUGUGUUUAAGCCCAGAUAUUUUUUUUUAAUUCAUUUUUUUUCUUUGACUGCCCUUCCCAUAGUAAAAAGAAUACACGUCAUCCUUUUUUUUUUUUUUCUUCUUCCAAACUCCAUGCUAGGUAGUGGGCACUGUUAUUUAUCAUUUUCACUGGCUGGAGUGAGACUGGCGAGGCUCUGUAGUUUGAAUCCUUGUAGCUCAGUGCAGAUAAAGCUCUCACUGUUUGACUGAAACCAAAUACUACAGAGAUGGGAGGAAUUCAGCCUAGAUCUGAACUCAAAAAGGCUAAACUUGUGCUGUUAUCACCUUAAAAAAAAAAUCUCCCCUACAAAGCAACCUUCUGCAUGCAACUAACUGUGCUACAUGAUGCCUGGUCAUCACUGAAACUUAUGUAAUUUUCCAAAUCAACACUGUGCCCUGCCAGGUAGCUUUAGUAUUGAACUGACAAAGGUAUUUAUUUACUUUUCUUACGAUCUUGUGUUUAAUAACAUUUUAAAACAUUGGUGGCUUGUCAAACAGGAAAGUUAUAGCUCCCGAAUUAUCCCCCAGAAGGCCAUUUAUUUUUAUAUUUACGUUUUCUAACUGUAUACUUUGACCCAUCAUGACAAUUUACAAACACAGUUUCCAUGACAACUAUAUUUUCGCACACUACAAACUACUUGUCUCUUAAUGGAAAUGAGAAUGUAGGCCAAGACGAUUUGUCUCCAAUAGCUGCUUUGACAUAUCGGAUAAUUUAUGCGAGCAUAUGAAAGUAAAAAGUGCAAUAAAAAGCUUUUUCUUAACAGAUUUAUGCUUUGAUAAAUAUUACGUUAUCUAUUGCUUGUGAAGCAGCAGUUAUGUUUUUUAUUUUGUUUGUUUUCGGUUUUCUUUUGGGGUCUAUGAAGUCUAAUGAAGCUCAGAUUUAAAGUUCAUCGUUUUAAUCACCUUAACUCCAGGGCACAGGCUCUAGUUGUGAUAAAAAAAUAUAUAAUGCCGCUGUGUUAUGAUUUAAUGUUGUAGUGCAUCUAAUGCGUUGGUUUUUUUGUAUGAAAAGGUAUCUGUACGUGGGUUAAAUUUAAAUAUAUAUUGACAUAAACUGAAACAAUGCACCACUCAAAGUUGGAACUACUUAAAACUUUUAUUCAAAUAGUUAAAACAUUUUUAUAGACUCCUUUAUCACCUAAAGACAGAUUAUUGCAGCUUUGAGAUCGCUUUAGAUGUCCGUUUAAAUUUAUCUAAAAAUGUAUUGUUGUAUACUUUGGUUUUGAGAACAAGGUUCUCUUUUUCUUGGAAUCUGGCAUUUAGUGCAGGAGACCUGAGGAAAAAAUCUGUUGGUACAGACCGCAAUGAGGUGACCAGUAAUGAGCUUUUUUCCUCUUUUUCUCAGAGGUGGAACAGACGGAGGAUGAACUGCGAGAAGAAAUAGCUAAGGUGAGUUUGUGGCCGGCCAGAUAGAUGGAAACAUUGCUAUAUUUCACCAAAUACAGUGUGUUACUUGUCUAACUCUUCCUUGUAUCUCCAAAGGCAAAUGUUGUCUGCAUCGUGUAUGAUGUGUCUGAAUUAAAUACCAUCGAAAAGGUAAUAAGUCUGUUUUUAAACACGUGAACAAACUGUUUGUUUGUGUUUUCAUAAAUGAGUCAAGUUGUGAUGUCUCUAAUAGCAUAGUCUGAGCAUAUUUCCUAUAUUUCUCUUGAUUUUAAAUGUUUGCUCAAUCUUAGAACAAAAUUUUAAAAAUGCAUCUGCAAUUUCACAUUAAACGUUUGUUCUGUAAAUAACAAGUAAAAUAAAGCAGGGUGUACAGACGAAAUAUCAGGUUGUUUUCCCUCUGGUUAGCCCCCACUCAGGUCUCCAACAAGUUAAGCUAAUUUGUAACAAUACAGACAUGCAGUCCAGCUCUGUAACACCAGGAGGAUCCCCCAGGACGUUCUGCUAUCAUGGGCCCUCAUUGUUGAGGUGUAGCCAAUAGCCCUCUAGACACAACGAGUGAAGGGACCAGAGACCUUCACCUCUCCUCUGUCUCUUACAGGCUGGAUCUAGGAGAGUCUGUCUGGAUCUUCUGUUGAUAGAAACAUUGUUUGUUUUGAACCUUGACCUGCCGUGUAUGUGGAAACACUCCCUUCUAUUCUGUCUGCUAUUCACCAACUAUUUUGACUAAAACCCGUAUCUGUGUUCCAUCUCUGAUAGGGGAACAUGGUGACUGACAGGGUUAGAAAUGGCAAACUGAACUACCAACAAUACAAAAAGGAAAAUUUCUGAAGAUACUGCUCUAUUUAUACCACUUUAAUAUCUCAGAAAUAAAAUUUGUAGAUUUCUUUAUUUCUAUAACUGCUGAUUUAUUACUUAGAAUCAUAUGUUUUGUUUUUUACCCACUUACUAUGUUCAGUGGCAGAAAAAGGACAACAUUAAUAAUUAUGUAGAUACCAAGUUCCAGGAGAGAAGUGUGGAUUUAAACAUUGAAUUAUAUUUUUCACAGCUCACAAAUUAUAGAUUUGCUGAAUAUAGGUGAUGGGUAGGAAUAAUAUUAAAAAAGUGACAUUUCCCCUUUUAAUUAUCUUCCCACGUAUGACGUCUGUUAUCUCUUCUUCUCCUCAUCCUCCAUUCAUUAACAUAAUCUACAAACCGCUAUAUUGCCUUUAUUGGGACUUUUCUGGAAUAACCGUUCCCUGUUCCUCAGUCUUGGUAAACGCUGUUGCAGUGUUUACUGGAUUGAAUAACGCAGUUGGGGUAAGUUAACAAUACCUAAACUUACCUACACUGCUCUUCCCCAGGUCUGUUAAUGAGUGAUCAGGGAUCUAUAGAGGAAUUCCAUACAGGCUCACGCUAAUUUGUUCAUAAAGGACAGCUGUUACCUCUUUUUUUUUUAUUUUACAUAUAGCUCGUUUAGAAAAUCUAUUUCCUUUAAGAACUUGCUGAAAGGAUUAUAAUAUUAAAAAAACAUUUUGAAGUGACAGUUGUUCUUUAAGUGAACAGGAACGUGUUAUUAAUAUGUUGAUUGCAUGGUUCUGUUUUAGAUAAUUUUAUACACUGCUCCAGGAGUGUGUGCAUUUUACACGUCUUUUGGAAUAUUACUAGUAUCUGACUAUAAUUAUCUGUUGGAUUGUUUUCAUUGUUGAAUUUAAAAAGGCAUUCAUUUUAUUCUUUAUUUCAGAUCUCAUCUAAGUGGAUUCCGCUUGUGAACGGCAAUGCAGAGAGGAAUUUUAGGUAAAGAGUUCUGGAUGAUGCCUGUCUUUGACAGCUGCAUGAAUAAAUCGAUAGGGGACUGCUGCACCCACCUUCUGUCUAAUGCAGCUACUAUCUCACACAGGCUACCUAUUAUCCUCGUGGGGAAUAAAUCCGACCUGCAGUGCGGCAGCUCCAUGGAAGCCAUCUUGCCCAUUAUGAACCAGUUCUCUGAGAUUGAAACCUGUGUUGAAGUAAGAAUCAGAAUUCAGAUGACCGUAUCUUGAAAUAUACAGGACAGUGUGUAUAAAGGUCAAUUCUGAUAUUACGCUCUGAAAGCGGAAACCAAUAUAUAUUAUUUCUACUGAUAUCUCCACUUUUCGAACUUUGCCCCAAAACUAACUUUGAUGGAUAUGAUACAUGAAGUACUAUGAUCCUGAGGCCCAUUUAAAAUUCACUGCAGCAAAUGUCAAGCGCUGUACUGAGUGAUCCUUUCACAGAGAUGACCGUUACUGUCACCAGCUGUUCAAAACAAAAUCUAUUCACUGCCAGUCUGCUAUAGACUACCUUCAUAUUACUAUUUGUUAGGCGCUGAGUUGUCUCAAGUAUAUUAACCACCCGUGUCCUGUCUAGCUAAAGUCUGUUAUCCAUGUCUAUUCUCCUUUGUCAUCAUUAUUAUUCUUAUAAAGAAUACGAUAACUAAAAUAGAUCCGAUUUUACUUUAGUUAUGCUUGAACACAAUUUUAUUUACUUUUUUUUUUUUUCCUUUCCCCAGUGUUCAGCUAAAAACCUCAAGAAUAUCUCUGAGGUCUUCUACUAUGCUCAGAAGGCUGUCCUGCAUCCCACUGCUCCUCUCUAUGACCCAGAGGAGAAGCAGGUAAGUGAAGUGGAAUGUGCCUCACUUGCUGAGGGUUGCAUCACUGACUUUGUGUGUCACCCUUGGAUUUUGGUGCAUGCGCAAAGGUAUGAAGCAGGAUUCUAUAGAAAAUCUAGAGAGACGUCCGCAGAAUUUUCGUGUGUGCAUUCACGCUAAACACCCGUCGGUUGAUAUUACCCAUAGACUGACGUUUAGCGUCAAUUAUUGUCAGCUAGGCUACAUGGGUGGCUUGGCUGCAAAUUUAUUAAAUGAGUCACCAAAGAUUCGCAAAAUGUAAAUAUAACUUUUUAAUGAAAGCUACAAAAAUCUACCUCGUGACAGACUGCAGAAAAUAAGAGUUGAGGAGAAUUGAGUGAAGCUCAGACCACGUGAAUUUAAAGGACUUUCCAUACAUUUAUUAUUAUUAUUAUUAUUAUGAUAUUUAUAUAGCGCCAUCAAAUUCCGCAGCGCUUUACAAUGGGUGGACGAACAGGCAUGUAGUUGUAACCAGACAAGUUGGACACAGAGCAACAGAGGUGUUGAAGGCCCUGCUUAAUGAGCUUACAUGCUAGAGGGAGUUGGGUAAAAUGACACAAAAAGGUAAGGAUAGUAUUAGACUAGUGACAGUUGCAGAAGAGGAAUCAGUCAGGAGAUAUUAACAGUUAAUUGAUACGCUUUUAUGAAGAAGUGGGUUUUUAACGAUUUUUUGAAGGAGUGGAGACUGGGUGAGCAUCUAACGGAGGAGGGAAGCAAGUUCCACAGGAACGGUGCAGCCCUCGAGAAAUCUUGAAGGCGACCAUCAGAGGUGGGAGUACGGACAGAAGAUAGACGUAAGUCUUCAGCAGAUCGUAAGGGCCUAGACGGGACAUACUUGUGUAUAAGGGAGAAUAGAUAGGUGGGAGCAGCAUUAUGUAGAGAUUUGAAAGCAAGAACCAGAAUUUUAAAUUGAGCUCUAUAUUUUAUAGGAAGCCAAUGUAGGGACUGACAGAAGGGUGAGGCAUGGGAGGUGCGGGCGGACAGGAAGAUGAGCCUCGCUGCUGCAUUCAUUAUGGACUGUAACGGCGCAAGUUGGGAACAUGUAAGACCACUGAGAAGCGGAUUACAGUAGUCAAGGCGAGAAAGGACAGUGGAAUGGACCAGCACCUUAGUCGCAUCAGGCGUUAAGUAGGGGCGGAUACGCGCAAUGUUUUUGAGAUAGAAAUGGCAGGAUUUGGCGAUAGACUGAACAUGAGGCUUGAAGGAGAGGUCGAAGUCAAAGAGAACACCUAGACAGCGAGCCUGCGUGGUGUUGCUGAUGGUAGCACCGUUGACUUGGAGGGAGACAGACACAGGAGUAAUAACACUUGAGUGAGGAAAGACCAGAAUUUCAGUUUUGGUUUAGUUUAAGGAAGUGGGCAGCCAUCCAGUUAGAAAUAGCAGAGAGGGAGUCAGAGACACUAGUCAAGAGGGACUGGGAGAGAUCAGGAGAGGACAGGUAGAUUUGCGUGUCAUCUGCAUAGAAAUGAUAUUGGAAGCCAAAGGAGCUAAUGAGUUUACCAAGGGAGGCAGUAUAGAUGGAGAACAGUAGGGGACCAAGGACUGAACCUUGGGGGACACCAACAGAGAGGAGUUGGGGAGAAGAAGCAGAGCCAGAGAAAGAAACUCUGAAAGAGCGCUGGGAGAGGUAGGAGGAGCACAGGAGAGCGCAAAUAUCCAGGAGAGAGCAAUAUCUUGUAGACCGAUAUUGCAGAGGAUGAGAAGAAGCUGUUGAUACAUAGCACAGUACUGUCUGGGUAAAUAUGGUCUCUAACUGAGAACACAAUUCUCUCCAUAAAUAUAAACUGCAGAAAGGAUUGUAAUUUUCUAAGGAGACAAAAAUCUAGUUACCAUGGACCUGUCACACUCAAAAGGUUUUAUUAAGUCUUUGUGCGUCCUUUGUAUCUGCGAUAUUUGUCCGAGGGUUAUUUUCCCAAAAGUAACUGUGCGUUGUCUAGCAAAAUGUACAGCUACAAUUUUGUUUUUAGUGAUCGGUUAUUUUGUUCUGUGGUUGGUAAACCUUAACAGAUCUUCUAUAAUGGGGUAUAUUCACCCAUCCAGGAAUUGUGAGGAAUUGACCCGUUAGGCCAAAAUAGCUAGAAUGGACAAAUCCUUAAACAUUUACACUUUUUUUUUUUUUAUCUGUUCUCCAUACUUCCUGAUUUAGGAAAUAACCCUCGGACAUGAUAUGCAUAGAUCUAGCAUAGGAGGCCUGCGGAGAGAGGGAGAAAGCAGGCGUUCUGUACAUGGUGCAGGUUACUCAGCGAUGUUAACAUGUCUCGAUCCUGUCAAUGUGUGUUUUUUAUUACAUGGGUUUUUGUUUUUUUACAGCUCAGGCCGCGUUGCAGGAAGGCACUGACUCGAAUCUUCACCAUCUCUGAUCAGGAUAAUAAUCAGAUAUUAAGUGACGCCGAACUCAACUACUUCCAGGUAUGCGUGGGGGGCUGCUCGACCUCUAUAUAUUCCUGUUUCAGAUGUUUAUUUGUAUUUCAUCACACCCUUUUAUUCUUGCGGUGUAUACUUCGUAGAUUUAAUGGACACUAGAAGUCUAUUUAUGCUUUCUCUGUGGCUGACCCUCUGUCACGUGUCUUUUUUUUGGUAUGAUUUCUGCAUUCUCUCUUUCCUAUCUGUCUGCCCCUUUGCCAGUUCUCUCCUUACUCUGUGUCUGAUUUCCUGUGUCUCUCUGACCUCUUAACUAUCUUUUGGGAGGCAGCAAUCCUGUUUUGGAAACCCAUUGGCACCCCAGGCCCUUGAAGACGUUAAGAUGGUUGUUAGGAAGAACACAGCAGAUGGCGUGAGGGAGAAUGGGCUGACACUAAAUGGUACGGAAUGUGGUUGUGCUUGGGUGUCUAUAAUGGAGAAGAAUUGUAGAACAAACAAUAGUGGCACGUCACUCUUGAUAUUAUGUAUCUUCAUUAGAUCACACACCAUUCUUGAUGUAAUUCCAUGUCAUCUACAAGAAGUCUGGAUGACUCUGUUUUGGUUUUCAGUUUAAUUUGAAUCUAACAUAAUAUGGAUUAUCAAAAGGGAACUGUCUCUUUCCAGGAUUUUUAAUAUUAUAUUUCCUUAUCAAUUAGGUUUUUGUGAGGUAAAAAAUAAAAUUAAACAUAGAGAUACAUACCUAUUUAUUCUUCAAUGGGCACCUUCUUCUUAGCUCCCUGUCAAUCAUUGCUAUAAUCUGCUGUUGGCACCUGGCAGUCACUAUAGAGAGAGCAUUCAGAGAACAGGGGAAAUGAAACCAUGUUUUUAGCUAUUUUGUUGUAUAUGAAAUAUUGUAUAUUCAUUGAUUUAUUCAAUGGUGUAAAUCCAGAGACGUGGCAGUUCCCAUUUAACAAGCACCCUUACAAUCUGAACUUUAAACUAUUGCCAGUGAUGCACAAUAUCCAUUUUAGUGACCAUUGCCAGCUCUGCUUUACGAGUUACUAGUUCUAAAUAGAGGAGAAUUCUCCUGCCAGAAACUGUUGCAAAAACCAUAUUUAUUUAAGUGAAUUUGAUUUGUACGGUGGUGGUGACAUUCAGUCCGUGUAACACUUCUGCUUUCAUUGGACCCACGUAGGUUUCCUCUUCCUCAAUACGCUGUUUAUCCAGCGUGGACGACACGAGACCACCUGGACAAUCCUCCGACGAUUUGGAUAUGAUGAUGCUUUAGAGCUGACAGAUGAUUACUUGUACCCUCCGUAAGUCUCUGGUAAUGGUGCUGAAAUUCUGGGCAUCUUUAAAGCAGAGAAUUAAACAUUAAAAAGCAGUCACAAUACACUAUUUACACUGGUUUUUAAAUGUAUUUGGGGGUGGGGAUUAAACAUUUGUGUAUAUGAGUAGAUUUUGUAAUGAAAAAUAAAAUAAAAUGAACACAUCAGCGUGGGAGGAGACAACAAAAAACGGUAACGCUAUAUUAAAAUGUCACUGUUUUACUGUCUCUGAUAUAAACACCGUCAAUUGAAUUCUUCUGGAUAUUUUCUCUCGUAUUGCUACGGGCUGUAGACAUUUGGAGGACCCUCUGAGUUAUAGUGAAUUGAAAUCCCAAUGGCAAAAUUCCUGAUCAAUAUCAAAGCUGUGACUUUAGCUGAAUGUGAGAAUAUUUCCAAAUCGGUUAUUUAUGUCUUGAUUAUAAAAUUCGCAUUUCAUAUCAUUACAGUCUGGUGUCUAGUGAAUAAACUCCUGGUGUUCACUCAGGAAGCUGGGAAUUCUGUAGAAUUGACAUGGGAAUAAUAUUUUCUAGGCCAAUUUAGAGGACUUAAACAUUGUCAGUUAUGAUUCCAGAUGUUGGCUGCUUUUGGCUUAAAUUUUUCACUUCUCUGCAAUUCCUGGUUUAGUGAAUAAACCGCAUUCAUUUUUGUGUCUCCGCUGUUAGAAGACCCGGAUCAUCCAUCCUUUUCUAUUCAUUGUUCUUGUUGUAUUAUGAAACACUGCUUUCUGGAGUUUCUUACUUACAUAGUGAGUCUGCAGCCAAACUGCAAAUUGUAAGCUAUAAAAGCAGACUUAGAAAAACAAAUCUCCAGAUACUAUUUUUCAACUCCGUUACUUUUUGCCUAAAUUUUGCAAUUUUAAAGGCAUCAGUUCAUCCUAAUUUACUAUGCAAUGAGUAUACCUCUUGAUAUGGGAAUCGACAUACGGAACAAGGUUCUCUUCUGUCUGAACCAAAAUUCUUCCUGGUUAGAAACAAAUGACUAUGUUUUGGAAAUGACUAGAACCGCUUGAUUGAUUCUGCUUUCUAUUCAAUAAAUAUAUAUUUUUUUUUUUUUACAUUUUUGUCCAUCAUUCGGUGAUUAUGGAAAAAUUGCAACACAGUGAGCUGUUGUGUAUAAAACCACGGCUGUUCACAUACCCCAUACUGGCAGGUCGAGCUCUUUAAAGCCAUCGCCAUCGCAACCACUAUUUGUAGAAUGAAACUUUAAUCAGCUGCAGCUGUUACACUGUCACAGCACGCUUAUAUUCAUAGAGGAUAGAUUGGUUACUGCCUUCACUCUUCUGUUUCAGGACCAAUGUUUUUGUCCAUUCUGAGUUACAGAAGAGUCGGUACAGGGUUAUACCACGCACGUAGUCUAGCUGGCAACAUCCUCCAACUCGCCUGCAUUGCCAUAUUCCAGGCCUUUCCAGACUAAAAUGUGCAAUUUAAUUUUUAUUCCUUAGUAAUUCCCAGUUUAGCAAAUAACUCCCUCAUUGCUUUGGUAAAACGUGGCAAAGGGCGUCAUGUGGUUGGAUGUUAAAAAGUAGGUCAACAUCUCACAUGACAGCUUCUAGGUGUCUACCAGGGUUGUAAGAGUUCAAAUAAAAAAUGAUUUCCUUCUCCUUGUGAUUAUGGAAUAUUCACUUAUUGUUGGAGAUUGUAUUGUACAAUACCCAGGGGACACCGGUUGCGCCACACUGUGUAGUUGCGUAAAAGUACCCUCUUCUUCUUCUCUUAUUAUCGUGCCAUUUUACCUCCUCCAUCCCAUUGUCUGUCUGACUCCAUGUACCCUCCUUCCCCUGCAGGCUGCGUGUCCCUCAUGACUCAUCUACUGAAUUGAACCACUUUGGCUACCAGUUCCUGCAGAAGGUGUUUGAGAAGCACGACUUGGUAAGUCUGACCAAGAGCAUGACACACUGUUUAGGAAAACCUCAAGGUACGCAAUAUUUCCUGUUCAAAUAUGUAAACUGUUAUUCCAUAAAAUUCACUAUUUGUGACAAUAGGACAUAAUAUAAAUGUGGGUGUGAUCAGAAUAGUUCUUUCUUCUGAUUUGUUUUUAUAUUUAGAAUCUGUUUAUUCAGUUACAUUGCUGAUUGUGAAAUCGUAAAGGAUUUAAGUGUUUCUCACAGCGAGAGGCUCCUGGAUGGAUUGAGAUUCUGGGAAACGUGGGAUGUUCAAUGACCCUUAUCCUAGGAGGCAUACAGAUAUUGGUGUAUGGUACCUGGGCAAUGCUCCUAAAAUAAUGCAAUAUGUUGUCCGUGCCGCAUGCUAAACAGGUGGAUGUUAUUUCCUCUCUUUAGGAUGGUGAUGGCGCACUCAGUCCAGCAGAGUUGCAGAGUUUUUUCAGCGUCUUCCCGUAUACGCCGUUUGGUCCGAAGUCCAGCACUGUGUGUAUGGCAAAGAAUGGCUUCCUGCCCUUCCAUGGCUACCUCUGCCAGUGGACGUAAGCUCUGUGACCCUUUUCUCAUUCAAUCCAUGGCUUUUCUGAUAACUAACUAUAUCUGGAAGCCACAACGACACUAAUUCUACAUUCUGUAAUUUCACCUGGCGUCGUGAUAUUACUUGUAGCAAAUCGUGUUUGUUUUUUUUGUUUGUUUGUUUUUUAACUGAUUUAAAUCUGUACACUUUAACUGGUGCCAGUUGUCCCAGUGGAUGGGUGUUCACUCUUUCCAUAUCUCUGUGUCCAUGGCAGGAUGGUGGCAUAUUUAGAGGUACAUCGAUGCUUGGAAUAUCUUGGUUACUUGGGAUACCCCAUCCUUUGCGAUCAAGAGAGCCAAACACAAGCAAUUACAGGUAUGUAGCAUUCCCAUGUUACUGUCCAUUUCACACCUUUUCAGCAACUCGUGUAAUUAUUUCCCAUUUUUUAGCAUAGCCCUUUAAAGGUGCAAAAUAUUGGCUGCAUACAUAUUCAUCUUCGUUUCAAUGAUAUGUGUAAAUAAAUCCGGUGCAACUCUUUGCCUUCAGAAAUCACAUUACACCUGUGUGCAUGUAUAGCGUAACAUGGUCUCAGUGCAAAUACUUGGAAUGCCCCAGAGGUUAACAUAUCUAAAAAGCAUUGUGAAAGCCGUCUGAGUGGUGACAUAUGGCGUAGGGAGCAUCAUGUUUUAGGAUUUAGGGACAGGUGGAUGGACCUCAGUAUUGCACAGUUCUAGACUAAAAGACUGGGGCAGAGGAUUACCUGUCAGCAAAUAAUCACUCUGAGUACGCUCUGGAACAAUUUAAAUCCAGGAAUCGGAAUGUCUUGGAAUGACUGACUGAGAAUCUGUACAAAGAAUUGAAAUUUGGUUUUCCUCGUUGGUCCUUGUCCAUCCUGACGGUGGGAUCCAGGUGUGCAAAGCCGAUAGAGACUAGCAAUGAAAAUACUCACAGCUGCAAUUUCAGUCAGGGAUGAUAGUAUUUACUCAAGGUAAAUGCUUAAGCAACCGCAGAUGUCUGUGUUGUUUGUGUGCAUGCGAGGUUACUAAACAGAACAAAGUCUGUGCAGUUCUGCAUACUGGAGUCUACAUCGCAAGGUUAAAUAGGUCCUAACUUGUUGACUGCAUUGCACAGAUACAUCAAGGAGAUAGUUAUGUUCAUGAAGAAGCCACCCCAUGCCUGGUGCCCAUUGAAAUGAUGCAUUUUAUUUAAUUUGCUAUCUGUGUCUUUAGUGACUGUGUUUAUAAAAAGAAGAGACAUUAUACAUGAAAACAAAGGAAAACAGGAGGGAAAUUCAUUAAAGUGUUCUAAAAGUGGGCUUGUCACCAUGGAAACCAGUGGCUCCAGCAGGAACAUUUGAUUGGUUCCCAUGGUGAUUGCUGCACAUGUAAAACUUUGCCUCACUCUUCUGUUAGCAACACAUUUAUUUAACUCUUGCUUUGUGGCGGUUUAUCAGGUACACAAAUCACUCCAACUCCUGUCUGUCUGUCUCCUCCAUCAGUAAAUUCUGUCUCCCACAGUCACCCGAGAGAAGAGGAUAGAUCUGGAAAAAGGACAAACACAGAGAAAUGUUUUUCUUUGUAAAGUCAUCGGCCCCCGGGGAACUGGUAAAUCAGCCUUCCUGCAAGCCUUCUUGGGGCAGACGUUAGAGGUAAGCAAGCAAAAUUAAAACUGAAUCUACCUUUUCUAUGAAUCCGAUCUCUGGUUCACAACACCUAGAGUGGGGUCAGGCUACAGUAAUCCUCCAUUAUAAUGCGCUGGUACAACUUGUGUAAGCCUAACAAUGCACAUAUUUUCUAAAUAUUGAAACUGGCCUGAGCUGGUUAGGAGCAGGGUAACCGGUACAUCCACAGGGACAGAUUUAACAAAGCGAAUACACAGAAAUAAUGCACUCAAACUCCCACUACUCUUGGGCAGCAGCAAUGGCUAUAGUAUUCAUAAAACCUAAAAACCUUACCUGCACCUUCUCUCCACUAUGUUCCUCGGAGUGGGGCUAAAGGAUGUACAAGGAUGUAGAAUAGUGCGCAAGUAACUUUUCUUUAGUUUGGUGUUAUAAGAGCGAAUAACCUUUGUAUUUUGGGGGAAUUUUUUUUUUCUGGCAUAAAUGAUCAAUUCUGACAACCUUUUCGAAUAUGUAUUACUUCUGAGACUUUUCUGUCAUCUUCUUUUCUUUGCUUGCUUUUUGUGUUAGCACUUUCUUUUAUUAAUUUUUAUAAUUAAAAAAAGAAAAAAUGUAACCGGAGAAGAAUUCUGUUUUUUUCCACUGGUCUUCUUUUACAGCUCUUUAAUGUUGUAGAAAGCGACACAGAAUAUAUGCAUUGGAUUAUUUGUGUAUUUUUAAGAAAUGACACAUUUCAGACUGUUUUUAAAAUACCGCUCCAAAUUGGUGCAGAUUUUCGAACUUUCUCCAUAGAAUUCUAUAUUGAACAGUUUGAGAUUGUGUCUGUAGUGGCCACCAUUCCCACAGUCUAGAUUACAGGGGUAAGCAACCUUCAGCACUCUGGGUGUUGUGGACUACUUCUACAAUAAUGCUGUUACUGCCAUAAUGCUGGCAAAUUAUCGGGGGAGUUCUAGUCCAUCAUAUCUGAAGUGCCAAAGGUUGCCAAGACCUGGUCUAGAUGAUAGAACUCAUUCUUCGGGCUGAUCUCGGGUUGUCUUUGUUGUCUUACUCUGAUCUCUUUUCUAUUCCUUCAACACCCAUAACCACCAUUCUUCUUUUAUCUAUUUUCCUUUUUACAUUCGCACAAAUUCUUCCUUUUCUAGGAACAGCGGAACGAAAGGGAGCCUUCAUUCUACUCUGUAAACACAGUGCUAGUUGGGGGACAAGAAAAAUACCUUAUUGUGAGUACUAACAUAGAGGAAGUGGUCAUAGUAGGCAGGAUUCACCAUUGUUGUUUGUGUGUGUGUGUGUGUAUAUAUAUAUAUACAGAUACUAUUUUACCAUUCACACUUUACAGUUACUAUAGCCUGUCUAUCCAUUUCGCUUUUUCUGUAACUUGACUGUUAUUGGCUUAUAUCACACAUAAUGGAGUUUAUUCACUAAAUUCUCAAAUGUAGUGAGUUGAAAAACAUAUUGCAAAACAGUGGAUUUAAAAAAAAUAAAUAAAUUCUGAUCGGCACUGCUUUGGUAUUUUAGGCCCCCAAAAAUUCAAUUUGGAUCUCAGUUCACUGCAGUUUGUUUUCGUGAAUAAACCUCGGGGAGAGAACUGUCAUAAAAUCAGAAGAAAAGCUUACAAUCUGGAAGCUGGUUUACAGUGAUUUUUGCCUUAGAUUCCCUUCAGGAAGAUAAACCAUAAUGUAAAAUAAUUCCUAGAUUUGUUAGUGAUAACUUGGAAUUCUGACACUCCUUAAUGCACCCAUCCUAUGUCCACUUUACUUUAGUUAUAUAGUUAAAGGAAUAGCCUCAGCUUAUAUACCACAAUACAUUUUUGCUCCAUGAUGUCUGCAUGAAACAUACAUCACUGUUAUUUUGUAUUGUUACAUUAUAGGAGUUCAUGUCUUAUCGAAGAGACUGUUCUUGCUUCAUUCUGAAAGGAAUUACAAUUUGAAAAAAAAACACAUCAAUUGUUACUGUGUAAUAGUGUUUUGUUCAAGUCUAUAUUGCUUAAUUGUGUCAGGCCACGAAGGAUCCGUAUAAGGUAUGUUACUGUACCUGCUAGAUAGAUUUAUAUUUUAUUGCCAGAGGAGGGCUGGGAGACAAAAUGUAACAAUUUCACAGAUUGCCUUUGAAAUGGCAUUUCUAACGCUGUUCUACUGACCAUGGGACCUGGUCCUCAUUGUGCUACAUUGUAUUGGGUAUUCUGGGUCAAAGUUCUGAUUAAUCAGCAGCAGCUUUCUGUGGGUUUCCUUAUAACGUGACACCCGGAGGGAAUUUAAUCUGUCUUUCUCUGUCUCCCAGCUCUGUGAGGUAGAUGUGGACACAGAGUUUCUGAAGACGUCAGCUGCUGCAUGUGAUGUCGCCUGUCUAAUGUAUGAUGUCAGCGACCCAAAAUCCUUCAAUUACUGUGCCAGUAUAUACAAGGUGAGACGAGGCAUGUCUUGUUGUUAGAUUUCUUUAACGGCCGUCCAUUCACACGGAAUUCUAGAGAUUCAGCAAUAUAUUGUGACCCAAUUCCUGUGCCCGAGUGUUUCUUGUGUCCGGUCUUAAAGCAUUUUCUUUUUAAUCUUGACUUCUGUGUGUCCCCUUUACAGCAACAUUAUAUGGAGAGUCAGACGCCCUGCCUGUUUGUGGGGUGUAAAUGGGACCUUGGGGAGGUUAAACAGCAGCACGGAAUCUCGCCAGCAGAAUUCUGCCACAAGCAUCGCUUGCCCCCGCCUUAUCACUUCUCCUGCCAAGGGAGCCUCGACAAAGCUAUCUACAACAAGCUCGCCACAGCUGCUGCCUUCCCGUACGUAUUGGGUGAUUUAAGGGAAAACUACCAUUAUAAAGGGUUGGAGCGUACCGUGGAGAGGAGCCCCACAGACAAUAUAUUUAGUGAUAAUAGUUGGCGAAUUCAAGAUUAGAGAUUAUUGUGAAGGAAGAAAUAAAGGCAAAAACAUGUGAAGGAGACCAUUCAGCACACCUCUGCUGUAAUUACCCAUUCGGCUUUACAGCCUCAUGCCUUUAAUGUUCUGAAGCAAACUUCCUCUGAAUCAAAUUAUACAUUUCCUAUGCAGCGAUGAAGCUUUCUCUUCUGUGAUGCUGAUACUCUGUAAUUUUGCAUUGUGGCAUUUUGUAAUCGCCUCUUGUGCUGAAAAUGGAAACCUAAACGCUGGUUUCCAAUCCACUUUCUGGAACAAGUAAAUGAAUGUCACGGUUGGAGAGUGUGAAUGAGUCAUGUUUUGGAUGUUGUAGUGUUAGCAAUAUUCUGAGACCAACGGUAUAUCCAUUAGAAUUCAUCUGGUAUGGCCACUCUGACAGUAUUCAGUAACAGACUCUGUACAGUGUAGCCAAUCCUUAUCCAAGAAUCCUUUUACAGUGAUGUUCUCGUUUUUGUGUCAUUUCAGCCACCUUCAUGACACUGAGCUCAGCACAGCUUCUUUCUGGCUAAGGGUGGCUCUGGGGGCCACAGUUGCGGCCGUCGUGGGAUUUACACUCUACAAAGCACUUCUACGGAGCAAGUAACUAGCAGUGGUCCCUCUAAACUGCUAAAAUCAGCCGACCGGCUCAACGGCCUCCAGUGUUAAUCACUGUGACAAACGGAACCAAGUGCAUUUUAUAUCUGUAUCUCUGUUUGUCUACAACUGCCUGCAUUUCAGGCACUGGGUUACUCAUGAAAUUAACAUAUACCAUUUUUACUCUCUUCCUAAAUGCCUAAGAAGCCUCUUAGUCCCACUUCAUUGGUAGGAAAAGAUGAUUUGGCAGGUGCAAUUUGUUUCCCCCAUUUGCUUUUUAACCGUGUCUUUUGUCUUAACUCGUGUAUUCAUCAGUCUUUUAAAUGGCACAAUCCCACACAGACCAAAGUGAAAAGGAAGCAUUGGUCUUCCUGUCCAAUUUGGAUUUUAAUACACCUUGUCUUUUCCUUGAUUUCUCUCUGUCUUCAGUAACAUGUCCCUUCCUGAGGAAUAUAGCUAACAAAUCAAUGCAAGCUUGAGAUUCCCAGCUCUGAGACUUUGAAGUCUUUAUUGAUGAUGGCUAUCAGUAAGCCCUAUCCUAGCCCAGUAACAUGCACAGAUUGGUUCUCAGCCUGGGGACAGAGCUGUACAUCAUCAAGUCCUACAUUUAUUUAUGAAUUAUUUUUGCCUGUUGGUUCCGUCUGAAAAUCUCUGAAACCAGGCAAAAAUAUAUUUUCCUCCCCAGUAUUUCAGAGUCAAAAACCUUCUGAUUACGUAAAGUCUUCCUACAUUAUCAUGUGAGUGGAACAGGGCGGAAUUUAUUUAAAUAAUUUUUCAGAUGAUGUUCAUUUGACUUUGAUAUUAUUAAGAGAUCUCAAGACUGAUUACUAGAGGGAUUUUUAAAAUAGUCCUAACUCCCUACCGGUUUUGAUCAUGGGAUGAUCUUUAAAAGCAAUUUUAUGAGCGCACUGGCAGGGCUGCUAAUUGAAAGGCACACAGUAUUUUCAUAUGAAGCAAGAGUUUUCAAAGCCUCAAAACUCCAUUAGAUUAAUCAAAAUAAUAAAAUCUCAGCUGCUGUUUUUCACAUUGAAAGGCAGCUAGAUCUGGAAUUCUAGUAUUUAUGGCUCUUACUUAAGGUUUAAGAAUACUUUCAUCAUUUGUGAAUUUAUACAGAUUAUCCAGUUCAUAAAAUAAACUGGGUGUUAUUCACAAAACUGGCAAGUGUGGUCAAUACGAUUGUAUGUUUUAGGCCAAAAAAAGCAGUGUUGGAUUUUUUUUUUUAUUUGCCUUAAAUUGUCAAUUUCCCUCAAAUACCUGGCUUAGUGUUAGCUGGUCCCAGCAAGCAGAAUAAACACACUAGGGAUGAUUGAUAUGUCUGUGGGGUUCCCUCUCUAUACUCUGAACUAUAGGGAACUGUAAACUGAAUUUAAACAUUUAGGUAACAAUAGCGGAUUUAAAAAAAAUAUGCUCUGCCCCACGCUAUAGUCACCGUUACUUUAGCCAAAAACGUGAAAUUCUGGUUUUAUUUCACUCCACUUUUGUAUCUAGCGAAUAAGGUCCCUUGUGUGGUGGAGCUUUCUCAGAUCACGUUCUGGAUGAAGGUCCAGGGGAGGGCAAAUUAAAUAUCGAUUUUUAAUACAUUAAGAAUAAGAAAAUUCAUAACACAAAUUGGUAUUUUAAGGCUACAGCUAGAGCGAAGUAAUGCUGCAAAAUUGCAAAACUCUGAACUGGAAGUUUAAAUACCUCUUCUGCAAACGGCAAUGAAAUUACUUGACAUGGACCCUUUGUUGAUACUUUUUUGUAACCAGUUUGUCCGUCAACAAAUAAAAUAAUGUUUUUUUUUUUUUAUUAUUAACAAUAAGAGAUUGUGAAAAUAUUAUUUCUAUAAGGAAUGAUAGACUCUGGAGAACUACAGAAUAUUAUCAUCCUCGUCCACCAGAGAAGGUGGGUUUAAUCUUUUCAAUGACUCCAUUCUUUGCUAUUGUCCCACUGUGAUUUCGUGCACCAUAACCACUCCAGCUCCCCACACCUAUAACCCACACCACCUGAGCAGCACACUCACUGCAGCUCCCCACACCUCCUAUAACCCACACUACCUGAGCAGCACGCUCACUGCAGCUCCACACACCUCCUAUAACUCACACUACCUGAGCAGCACGCUCACUGCAGCUCCCCACACCUCAUAUAACCCACACUACCUGAGCAGCACGCUCACUGCAGCUCCCCACACCUAUAACCCACACUACCUGAGCAGCACGCUCACUGCAGCUCCCACACCUCCUAUA